AUGGCUACUUCUACCUAUCUCACUGAAAGUCCUACCCAUUCCACUGAAAAUUCUCCUGACGGCAAAUAUGAGUAUGUCCCGGUUGACACAUUCCUCGACAAAGUUUUGAAUGCAACAAUCGAUGAACAUAUCAUUGGCAAGUGGCUCUUAUUUGAAGCACCGCGUUACACAUGCUUAUUAGUGAUAAUGUUCUUAGAAUACCUAAAAUCACUUACUUUUGAAGUUGUCGAUGCGGGCAUGACAAAAUUGCUUUAUCGUCCCUCAAGCAUCGGCAUUUUUUUCUCUUCACUUAUCAAAAGAAUUAUACGCCGAGCAGGAGUAUCGAUGUCUACCAUAAUUCUCGCAAUUAUUUAUCUAAAAAGAGCGAGCCAUGAUAUUGUAAUUGGAGACCAUGCAAAAUUCGUUGCGGAAAGAGUGUUUUUAGGAGCACUUAUUCUCAGUGCAAAGUAUUCCACAGACAGCGCUAUCCCCAACAAUCAUUGGGUCAGCGCUGCUGAGGUCUUUAGCCUCCAAGACAUUAACAACAUCGUAGAGCAAUUUCUAGUUGUUCUCAACUGGGAUUUGUCGCACACUGAAUCUGAUCUACUCAAGGCUGCACUCAAUGUUUAUGCUGUUAGGAUUCAAUCCUGA